AUGCUCCGUUCUCUAAGUUUUUUUAGUAAGAAUACAAAAGAGUUAGGAAUAUUUUCACAAUAUUGUAUUCAGAAAUGUAGCCUUUAUUUAUCGUCAGCUCUAAGGCACGGUGAAUAUGAGUGGCAAGAUCCUAAAUCAGAAGAUGAAGUCGUAAAUAUAGUAUAUGUAGACAAAGAUGGUAACAAAACUAAAGUAAGAGGAAAGAUUGGAGAUAAUGCAUUAUAUUUAGCACAUAGGUAUGGAAUAGAAAUGGAAGGUGCUUGUGAAGCAUCACUAGCUUGUACAACAUGCCAUGUAUAUGUCAAUCAAGAUUAUGUUGAUAAACUGCCGCAAUCUGAAGAAAAGGAGGAUGAUCUAUUAGAUAUGGCCCCAUUUUUAAAAGAAAAUUCUAGAUUAGGAUGUCAAAUAACAUUAACUAAAGACUUAGAAGGAAUGGAACUAAAAUUACCUAAAGCAACAAGAAACUUUUAUGUUGAUGGUCACAAACCUACACCACAUUAA